GUUUAGUUGAAUGGGUUGACUUUUAUUGUGAAAAUUUAAGGCAAAGCUGAGUUUCCAAGAAAAGCUAUUUUUUGAAUAAGAAAGCCCUUAAUGCCUCUACAACAGUUCUUUAUUUUUAAAUAUUGAAUGUUUCGUUGAUUUAAGUGUUUACACAAGAUGAUUCAUAAAUAUUUAGAAAAAAUUUCUCUGUCGGUUGCUUAAAGAGACAGUGAGCGAAAUUGCAUGCUAAGAUUGCAAUUUCCGAUUUAGAACCGUGCCCUUAAAAGCUUUGACUGAACAAGUAUAGAUUAGAUAUCAAUGUUAAAAUUUUUUAACUGAUAAUUUUUAAAUGUGGUUUCUACACAGGAGUGACUUUCUACUAUACUCCUGGGAAUUAUCAGAAUUAAACACGUUAAGACCUAGAAAACCAAAAAACUUGCACAUUUCUGAUCAGAUAAAGUUUUGAAGGAUACCAUUGUGAAUCCGGCAUUGCCAUCUGUGCAUGGAAUGUCUCUAGAAAUUACGCUUACAGUCCCUCUUAACUCCGUUCAACAUAAUCAUUGAUGAAUAGUAAUCUGAUCUCUGCUCUCUCAUUAUCUUUCUAUCCUUACUUUCAUCUUUCUCUUAAUCUCCCUAUUUAGAGCUCUAUACAGCUCUAUCCAUCUAUUCUAUACCUCCAGUAUAACUAUAAGCUACAGUUAAGCAACAGUCCUGAAACACUGCAUAGCUAGCUGCCUGUAUAAUGUAUUGUGUGAACUGUAGUGUACUCAGGUCUAUGCCCUGUGGUUGAAGUAAAUAGUAAAUGAAUUAGUUUUGGUUCAAACAUUUCCUUUAGUCACUCAUAGUCAUGUAUUGGGGCUGGCAUGACGUAAAUCAAAAUUUUAAACUCGAAAAAAUGUGAACGUAAUUUAUUUCUUCUUAUCUUUUAUCAGUUGUAUUGUUACUUCUCAUUAUUUGAUACUGAAUGUAAAUCCAUAUACAAACAAAACAUGGCCAUGUGGAAAACACUGAUUACAUAAAUUGGAGCUGAGAAAUCAUUUCAACUUAUCAGUAUAAAGCUGAGCUUCCUCUGCAUCAGUUGGUGUAACUGAGAAGCCAAUAUCAACCUAUUGUAGUGAUAAGAUAAAAUAAACUGUAUUUAUAAGUUAUUAGACGAUUAGUAAAUAUCCUGGUCAAAAUGAAUCUGUCCAAGUUCACCAGAGAAAUAUUACCGUUUAAUCAGGCCUAUGAUGAGUUUCACAUGAGUCAGGCACUUCGGCUUGGAGUGGGAGGCUUCGGCAAGGUUUAUCUGAUUACAUCUAAAAAAGGCGGGGAAAAAUGGGCCGCUAAAUACCAAAAACAACCAAGUGAAAAGCUUAAACACAUGGUUCGACAGGAAGCUAUGAAAAUCAG